UAGUUAAUUAGUACUUAGAGGCUUAGGGAUCUUAUGCAGGGGUUCUUAGUUGCGUAGACGAGCUAAAGUGCUGUGUUGCUGCUACAGAAGAAAAGUUAGAGGACGGCCGAGAUCCCCAAGAAGCCACUGUUUGAGCUAGCACAACAAGCUAGCCUGGAUGGGUUUCCCCUAGUUACUUUGGUAGUUACGGAGCUGUCCUCUAGUUUGAAGCUGACUCACGGUUCAGAUUUACUUGCUGUUAAAUUAGGAUGGAGUUAGGAAUACGUCUGACAUAGAUAAGUAAACUUUUUCUAGCUAGCUUGCUAACUUUUGGGCCACACUGUAGCAUGACGUUAGCUACGGUAAGCUGACGUUAUAUCACAGGAAACUGUACUUUGCUCUCAGGUGAUUAGUCAUUGUUAUAUAAAAAGAGUUCCGGGAAAACCACGGUUAACCAAGCUGCAAACUGUGAAUGCAGGAAAACGUUAUGUUUCUGAGGACAAAAUGAAUGUAAAUGUCUGAGGACAAGGAAGCCCAGGAGGAUGAGCUGCUUGCUUUAGCAAGUAUCUACGAUGAAGAGGAAUUUCAUCGGGCAGAGUCUGCACAGGGGGGAGAGAUCCAGCUCUGUCUGGAGCUCCCUCCAGAUUUCAAAGUGGUAGUCAAAGGAGAGAAUAAAACUGAAUAUAAUGUCUCCUUCCUACCUCCUUUGGUGGUCAACUUUGAGAUUCCUGCAGACUAUCCCUCUACAGCCCCACCGCUCUUCACUCUCAGCUGUAAAUGGAUGACCAGAGCACAGAUGAGCUCUCUAUGCCGACGACUGGAUGAGCUGUGGGAGGAGAAUCAGGGUUGUGUGAUUCUUUUCACAUGGAUCCAGUUCCUCAAAGAAGAGGCUCUGGGCUUUCUGGGUAUCCAGUCACCUCUUGAAAUCAUAAGGGGAGGAAGUAAGGCAGCUAUGGUGCAGUUUGGGGGACAUCCUGAAAAAGCAGAAGAAAAGAAAAAAGAAUUGAUGAAUUCCAAGUCUGAACAGAAGAUUUCAUCGUCUUCUCAGCUGGACCCGAGGACUGUCCUUUUGAUGGACCCGCGUGCCGACCUUCUACCUCAGCUCCUAGACUUUGACGAGGCGCAGCGGCAGAGGGUGUUCGACAGCAGAGUGUUCUGCUGUGGAAUCUGCUUUGUAGAGAAGCUGGGCUCAAACUGUCUCUGCUUUAAGGAGUGCCAACAUGUAUACUGCAAGGCCUGCAUGACUGAAUACUUCCAGAUCCAAAUAAGGGAUGGCAAUGUUCAGUGCCUUAACUGCCCGGAGCCCAAAUGUACCUCUUUAGCCACACCGUCACAGGUGAAACAGCUCGUGGACGAGGAGCUGUUUGCCAGAUAUGACCGUUUGCUCCUUCAGUCCAGUUUGGACCUUAUGGCUGAUGUGGUCUACUGUCCCCGUCAGUCCUGUGGUACCGCUGUAAUGAUGGAGCCAGACACAACCAUGGGCAUUUGCUCAGCAUGCCAGUAUGCUUUUUGCACACUGUGCAAGCUGGGGUAUCACGGUGUCUCCCACUGUAAAAUUCGUGCAGAGGAACUGCGUAACCUGAGAGAUGAGUACCUGUCUGCUACUGCUUCAGGGCAAAAGUUCAUGGAGCAACGCUAUGGGAAAAGGGUAAUCCAGAAAGCAGUUGAGGAGUCCUUUAGCAGAGACUGGCUCAGUGAGAACUGCAAAUGCUGCCCGCGCUGUGGAACCAAUAUACAGAAAGUUGAUGGCUGUAACAAGAUGACCUGCACCUCUUGUAAGCAGUACUUCUGUUGGCUGUGCCUGGGCGUCCUCAGCAAAGUCAACCCAUACAGUCACUUUAACAACCCACAUUCACCUUGUUACAACCAGCUUUUUCUCGGUGUGGAUCCUGAUGAAGAUGAUGAUGCCUUCUGGAGUGAUGAGGAGGACUGACACUGUGCAGUGCUUCACUGCUGUAUGCUCAAUUUGAACGCACUUUAUCUCUCACAUAGCCACCACUUCAUCUGUGACUUCAAUAUGCCUGCAUUGGCCAAACAGUGCAACUACAGCCACCAUAACCCUACCAUGUCACUAUUAUGUCUUUGUUUUUUUGUUUUAUUUUUCCAAGCGGGUCAGGGAUCUUGGAUGACAACAUCUUUUUUUUUUAGUAAACCUGACAUGUCAUGUAUUGCGAUAUAAAGAAUUAGGGAAAGAGACAGCUGUCGUAACUUUGGCUAAUGGUAACAUUAAAAUUGCUGUUUUGGUUUGUACAUCAAUAAUGGGUAUUUAGAUAUGUGGUUAUUGAUUGGCAGCACAGUUUUCUGCACCUGACUGGGUCACUGGGCUAAAUCAUUGGAAAUGCUGUUUGAAUUUCAGACUUAUACAGGUCAACAUUAUAUUGGUUGUACAUGUCUAGAUUUUCUCUUUUCAAGUAGACAUGCACUUCCUGUCCUGCAGGUUUAUAAAGUUUAGGAACUAAUAAUGGAACCACUAGUUAAGCUCAGUUUGCUCAAUUUCAGGUGCUUUUUCUGCCUUUCCAGUGUUAAGAGGAAAACUGGAACCGUCUUUGUCCCACUUUGUCAUUAUUCACGUCACAUUAACAAUCUAAUCUGAUUUUUCAUUUAUCAAAGGUAUGGCAUGAAAACCUUUGUUUUUUUUAAUUUCGUGAUAUAACAAAUACAAUUAAGAUAAAGCUUUAAAGAAAUGGAGACAAACCCAGAGAUGUGUUACUCACACAUAAUUUCAAAACUGGAAGUUGUGCUUUGUUUUAGUUCUAGGCAUUAUGGGAAAACCCCCAUGCCUCCCAAAGACACAGGGUGCUAUUUACAGAGCCUACUCCGUAGUCUUUCAUAAACAAGUUUAGCUGAGUCAUUGCACAAAGUCAAAGCAGGUUAAAAUUUAUUUCAUUGGAUUGGUUGGUAUUGGUUUUAUUAUAUUUCUGUACAGAACUAAAUAAUAGAGGAAAGUGGCUUAGAUACUUUUGAGAAUCAAUGGUUUAACGAUUGCUCAUUAGGGUAUGUGUUGCUUUAAUUUCAUUCAGGGAUUGGUGUGAGAAAUGAUAUAAUCGAAUAGAUCUACUCCUUAAUGUUGCCACUAAUUAGUGUCAAAGUGAGGCCAAAUAGUUUAAUUAUAUCCACAGAUACAAAAAUUAGUUUGUAUUGUAUUACUUCAUUUACAUUAGAGUGAAAGGGCAAAUUUCUAAUGCAAGCAGUUCUGUUCUGAAUUGAACCCUGCAGCAAAUCUGUUCUUUUUUAGCACUGAAUGAUUUGGUCUGUCCUGCAAAGCAUGUUGAUUUGCAUUGCAAUUAACUGUUCCUCAAAGUAAAAAUUCUUACUUAA